CAUUUAAUUAAAGAAACAGACACCAGGAAGAGGAGAAAUCUCUAUAUAAGUGCUGGUUGAGAUGGCAGAAGCUUCUGCAGAUGCCUCAACUCUCCCCGUAACAGUGAAAAAGAAGAAAAGUUUAUCCAUUGAAGAAAAGAUUGACAUCAUAAAUGCAGUAGAAAGUGGCAAGAAAAAAGCAGAGAUUGCAGCUGAAUAUGGAAUAAAGAAAAAUUCAUUGUCCUCUAUUAUGAAGAAUAAAGACAAAGUUCUAGAAGCCUUUGAAUCUCUGAGAUUUGAUCCAAAGAGAAAAAGACUGAGAACUGCUUUCUACACAGAUCUGGAAGAGGCACUAAUGAGGUGGUACCGAAUUGCUCAGUGUCUAAAUGUACCAGUUAAUGGUCCAAUGUUGCGUCUAAAAGCAAAUGAUUUUGCCCAGAAACUGGGACAUAAUGAUUUUAAGUGUAGUAAUGGUUGGCUGGAUCGCUUUAAAUCCAGGUAUGGUUUAGUAUUCAGAGCUCAAUCUGUAGAAGCUACAGGGGUAUCAGUUGACCCUUCAGCGGUGUGGCACCAAAACGUACUUCCUUAUUAUUUAAAUGAUUAUCAUCCUAAAAAUGUUUUUAAUAUAAAAGAGACUGGACUGCUUUAUCGAAUGUUACCUACAAAUACAUUUGCAUUUAAAGGAGAAACAUGCUCAAUUGGAAAGUUAUGCAAAGACAGAAUAACCCUGGUGGUCGGGACGAACAUGGAUGGCUCCGAAAAACUUCCUUUGCUUAUCAUUGGGAAAAACAGAAAUCCACAUUGUUUCAAAGGAAUAAAAUCGUUGCCUGUGUAUUAUGAAGCUAACAGAAUGGCAUGGAUGACCUCAGAUAUAUUUGAACAGUGGAUGCAGAAGCUUGAUGAGAAAUUUCAAGCCCAACAACGAAGAGUUGUGAUUUUUGUUGAUGCUCUUCCUGCACACCCAGAGGUAAAGAACCUGAAGUCCAUUGAGUUAGCAUUUUUCCCAUCAUGUUUGUCUCCCAAAUUUAUAGCUAUGAAACAAGGUGUUAUUAAAAGCCUUAAAAUCAAAUAUCGACAUUGUCUUAUCAAGAAAUUCUUAAGUUCUGUUGAAGGCAGCAGAGAAUUUACAUUUUCCCUGCUAGAUGCAGUUGACACAUUGCAUCUCUGUUGGAGGGCUGUAACCCCAGAGACUAUUGCUAAGAGCUAUGAAGAGGCAGGAUUCAAAUCUCAACAGGGAGAAAGCGACAAGACGAAUACAGAGUCCAACACUGGUCUUGAUUUGGUUGCCCACGCCCAAGCAGCGGGAGUGGAGUUUCCGGGUUUAUCUAUCGAAGAGUAUGCCGCCCUGGACGAUGACUUGGAGACAUGUGACGCAGCGCCAAGUGGUGAUAGGGUCUGGACCAAAGAAAGUAAAUCAGAUGAAACUGGAUUUUAUACUUCUGAUGAAGAGGAGGAUGGGGGGUCUCUGGGAACUGAACUUCCUUUACCCUCGAAAAAUGAGGCAAUAACUGCUUUAGCUACUCUUAAAAAUUUUCUUAGAAGUCAAGAUCUGAAUGAUGGGCUUCAUAAUUCUUUAGCAGACCUUGAAAUUUUUAUUAACUCUUUAUCACUUAAGUAAUUAAUUAUUUAUUUCACAACAACUGAAGACUAAUACCUUUUCCUGAUAUAUUUUUCUAUAUGAGGUAUGUAAAGGGAA